UGUUAUGAUCUGUCAUCGUAUCUUACGACUUCUUUGGAAAUGUAGUGGUAAGUGUAUAUUUUAUCUAAAUCAUUCAAUUAUUUUAUUUUAUAACACGCGGUUCUUGGAAUAUGCACAUUUUCGGUUACACACAAAAACCACACGAAACAGAAAAUUUGUAUGGGGAGCUUACAUAUUAUUCAUAUCGUUAUAUCUAAAUUUGUUUUCUUUUUUUCUUGAUAUAGCUAAUAAUUCAGAGUAUUCUAUGAUCGUCUCGAAUUCAUCCUCAUCCUCAUCUAUUUCUCCUGAAUCAAGCCAUCACCAAGAUAAUGGUUUUACUGGUAAUGCAGACAAUAGUAUCGAUGAUGAAGGAUCGUGUGAAGUUGUGCAGGAAACUCGUCAGACAGGAAGAGGUGGUAAUGAUAAUGUUAAUGCUGACGGCGAUGAGCUUAUCGUCAACCAACCCUCUAUGGUCCAGGUGUUAGGGAAGGAAAAGUCCUUUAACAAAAAAUUUAGUCUCACACAAUUAGGCGUGAGAUUUCUUCUAAAAAAACCUGAGACAUCGCCUGACUAUGCAUGGUUAAGAGAAGCUUUGCAAGAAAUUAUCAGCAUCAUACAAUCAGAAGGAAAUAUUGGGGACAAAGCAACUAUGGAAUUCCAUUUACCACAGAAUCCUGAAGUUACGCCAAUAUACGUGGGACUUACACCUAUCCAUGCUCUGGCACCUGAAAAUCUGUUUAGUCGAUUUGAGAAGGUAAAUCAGAGUAACGCCACUUUUGGUGCUAGUGAAGAACUUCUCAUAACAUCAUCCAUUGUGCAUAUGAUGCAAGGACGUGGACAAAAUAAAACCGCUAAUAUGGAUUUUAAUGAAAUUAAAAGAUAUAAGAAAUUCAGUGUUGUCGACCCUGGUGUGAAAGAAUUUUGUCUGCCGAUUGCACUUCUUAUGGGGAGAAUCCUUAAUAUGAAAAACAAGGACCGCCGUAAGAAGACCCUCAAUAGUUGUAGGCGAUACACAAAAAAGUUGCGAACUCAGGCAAUAAAUAUGGUCAAACAGUGUGGCGCUGCAAUAUCGCUAAACGGCGAGUAUGAUCUAAAUUUUAUUUCUGUAUUUUCCGCAAAAUUUCCUAAAUAUUUGAUAACUGUAUAUAAUAAGUUAGGUGAUUGUAAGGGCAUCAUAUUUAAAUCACCAAAAUCAGAAAAAAAUUCAGAGAACCGCAUAAAUUUAUUUUAUGACGAAAAAGAACGUCACUAUUUUUGCAUUAGCAAUGUAGCGUCGUUUUUUAAUUUUAGACAUCAAUGUGAAACAUGUGAUGCUCUUUAUAAUCACAAUCAUAAAUGCCCAGGACGAUGUAGGUAUUGCAAUAAAAAACCACCGUGUCUCUAUGUUGAUUCUCUUAAGAAGUGUGACGAUUGCAAUCGAGAAUUUCGUGGGGAAGAUUGCUACAAUUAUCACAAAGAGAAGACGUGUGAUGCAUUUAAGAUUUGUCCAACUUGUGAUACAUUUUACAAAGUUGCAUCAAAUCAUAAGUGUAACACGUCAAAAUGUUAUUCUUGUAAUAAAAUUGUAGAAAAACCCCACUACUGUUACAUUCAAAGUUUUAAAAGUAAACCGCCUAAAGAAUUCCAGAUUAUUUUUUAUGACUUUGAGUGUCAGUUUCUUGAUGAAGGGCAGGGAUUUUAUCGCCAUUCUCCAAAUAUAUGCGUGACAAAUAUUGUUUGUCACCUAUGCUACGAAUCAUCUUCAUUUCCUGCCGUAUGCCCUAAUUGCAAUCCAUUCGAAAAUGUUUUUUCUAAUGAUAAUACAUCUACGUGUGUUACAAAAUUUAUUAAUUAUGUAUUUAAAUUCCGUAAAUGGCCUGUUGUGGCAAUUGCACAUAAUGCAAAAGGGUAUGAUGCUCAAUUCAUCCUUGAAGAAUUGUGUAAUAGAGAUUUGAAGAUUAAUCCUAUCUUAGUUGGUCGGAAAAUUCUUUGUAUUUCCGUUAACCAAGUCACAUUCAUCGAUUCAAUUGCAUUUAUUCCUCUUGCAUUAUCAAAAUUUAGCGCGAGUUUUGGUCUAGUGGAUUGCAAUAAGGGGGAAUAUCCAUAUAAGUUUAAUACACCCGAAAAUGAAAACUAUAUUGGAUCAUAUCCUCCGAUAGAAUAUUAUCCAAUUGAUAGUAUGUCAUCGGAUAAGUUUACUAAAUUUGUUAAAUGGUACAAUGAAAAUAAGCAUAGGCCAUUUAAUAAUAGAGAGGAACUCAUUAAAUAUUGUCAACAAGAUGUACAUAUUCUUCGCGCAGGAUGCCUGUAUUUUAUGAUAUCUUUUCUUGAGACCACAGGCAUUAGUCCAUUUUUACAAGCUGUUACAAUCGCAGAUGCUGUCAUGAAAGCAUAUCGAAAAAAUUAUUUAAGGGAGAAUACUUUAGGUAUUACUCCUAAGAAUAAUUAUAAUCCAAAUUUUAUUCAUUAUCAAAGUAAAAUUGGUCUCAAAUGGUUAAUUUUUCAAAAACAAAGAUCUUUUCCAAAUUUGCGUUAUGAAGUGAAAAUUAAGAAUACAAACUUCAUUGUUGACGGUUACGAUGAGGAAUCCAAUACAGUGUUCGAAUUUUUCGGGUGUUUUUAUCAUGGUCAUACAUGUUUGCAGGAUCGAAAGUACCAGUGCAGCAAAGACCCUCUGGAUACACUGGGAAAUCGUUAUGAAAUGACUAUGCAUAGGUUGUCAAAAUUACGAAAAUUGGGUUACAAAUUAAAAUUUACAUGGGAAUGUGAAUUUCGCAAGCUUCUUAAAUAUGAUCAAGUGUUGAAUAAUUCAAUUGAUAACCAUCGCGAAAUUAUCAAUGCUGGAUUUGAUUUAAGAGCAGCUGUAUAUGGGGGGCGUACUGAAGUAUUUAAACUGUAUUGUAAAGCUCAACCGGGUGAUAAGAUGUAUUAUUACGAUUUUACAUCUUUGUACCCGUGGGCAAAUAAAUAUACAAAAUACUUUUCAGGACAUCCUACCAUAAUUAGAGAUUUUACUGAUCCAUGUGAAAUUUUGAGUUACGACGGAGUUGCAAAAUGUAAAGUUUUACCCCCUCGAUCACUUUAUUUGCCUGUUCUUCCAUAUCGGUGUGACAAUAGAUUGACUUUUCCACUCUGUGCUAUGUGUGUUCUAGAAAAAUCCGAUCUAGAUGAGUGCACACAUACCGAUAAUGAACGAUCUCUCUUAGGAUACUGGGCCUUGGACGAAAUUAGGCUCGCAGUCGAAAAUGGUUACAUUAUCCUAGAAGCUCUAGAAUUAUGGUCAUAUGAGCCUAUUCAGUAUGAUCGUGAUUCUGGAGAACGGGGUUUAUUCGCAGACUAUGUUGACAAUUUCUUAAAAAUUAAACAAGAGUCUAGUGGAUGGCCUGAAGGUUGCGAGUCUGAUGACUCUAAAGAUCAAUAUCUGGAGAAUUAUCGGCUCAAAGAAGGGAUAGAGCUCAACAGAGAGAAUAUUACCCUUAACAAAGGACGCAGAAGUUUAUCUAAACUUAUGCUGAAUAGUUUGUGGGGUAAGUUCAUUCAAAGAGAGGAUUUAAAGAAAACCGAGAUCUGUAGUUCACAAGAAGAACUUAUGGCAUUCGUGACAAAUGAGGGUAUUGAAGUACAUCAACUGAAUCUUUGUGGCCCUAACAAAAUAUUUGUCACAUGGUCCCAUUUAACUGAUUGUUUACCUGAAUCUAAACAUGUAAAUUUGGGCGUUGGAAUCUGUACCACAACAAACGCUAGAAUAGCAUUGUACAAAGCACUUUCACGAGUAGGAAAAAAUGUACUAUAUUGUGAUACAGAUUCUAUCAUAUAUUUGGUUCCAAAGGGAGAGGAAAAUCCACUAAAAGUUGGAUCAUUUCUUGGAGAAUUAACAGACGAAUUAUCAUCUUAUGGGGAGGGGUCAUACAUAGAUGAAUAUGUUUCCACAGGACCAAAAUCAUAUGGUAUCCGUAUUUUGAAUCCCACUACAGGUACCUAUUCCUACAAAGUAGUCUUUAAAGGCAUCACUAUGAACCGUCAUGUGGAAGAAAAGGUUAAUUUUGAUGCCCUUAAAGAGCUCGUGAAUGGAGGAGACCCUAUUGAAGUUCAAUAUAAGGAUACCAUAUUCCGAGGUUCACAUUUUAAAAUGUCAUCAGGACCCUCAACCAAAACAGCAAAAUUUACAUUUGAUAAACGUCGUUGUGUGGCAAAUUUUAAUACCUUACCGUAUGGGUAUUAGUGAUAUAAUCUUACUAUAUACAGUUAUU